AUGCUGGUUCAGAUCCUCGGUAUGAAAGAAACCCAAGACCUGGAGGAAGGAUUUGGUGCUCUCAUGCAGAAUCUGCUGUCUGGUGGACUGGAGAAGGCGCAUGCAGAGAAGGAAGGGAGAGGGGGGACAGGAGUUGGAGGGCAGAUGGAGAAUGAUGGGAAUGAAGAAGGGUCAUGGAUGGACGGCGGUGGCAAGGAUGGUAGGGAUGGGAAGGGCGGGCAGUGGAGGGAGCAUCUGAAGGGGCGUGAGUGGGAGAGGUAUGUGGAUGGCAUGGCUUGGAUUCUGCAGCAUGGAGGGGGGGAAGGGAGGGGGUUCCGGCUCGGCGCCAUCCCCAAGCCUCUGGACCAAGGCGAGUUUCCCUUGGAGUGGGAAGAGUGGCCUCGGGGCGAGGAAGCUGCCGCGAAACUUCCUGAUAACGCCAGUGCGAGGUUCUUCCACCUGGGGAUUGUGGAGGAAGCGAAGGGGACAGCAGGGGAGCGUGGGGCAGGAAAGAAGGGCGGACAGGAGUCACAUGCAGGAGGCAAGAUUGGGACCACGAGGGGGAAAGGAGACAAAAGGAGGCGCAAGCAGGAGGAAAGGAGCAGAGGGCGUGGGGAGGAAGAGAGAGUUGGAGGAGUGGAGUGUGACUUAGACGAGAGGCUGCUACAGCAGCUGCUCACAAGGCUACAGCCGCUAGUGCAGAGGAAAUUCCCCAUCGUUCGCUGCACUGCCGAUGCCGAAUUCCUUUUGGAAUUUGCCGGGCAUAUGGUGAAGCCACCUGCAUGUGCUGAGUGCAAGCAGUGCCUUGCUGUCUACACCCAUAACAUCCCCUUCCUCGCGCUCAUUGCCAACUACGCCUACCGACCUGCCACCAUCCUUUUCAACCGCUUUGUAUCCAUCUUCCCUCCUCUCUCUCCCGAAUUCGGCCAGCUCGCUGCUCGUAUAGGUGUGCCGCCUUUCCCUGCCAGCGUGCCUGGCUUUCUAAGGUCCGCUCUGGUGCAGACUCAGGCAGAGCUCGACCCUGUGCUCUUCCUCUUGGCCGUGGCCCACAAAUGGGCCUCCCCCAUCCUGGGAACCACUGACCGCACGUACCUGCACAGGCCGCGAGACGGAAAGGAAGAUGACGGGAGGGUGUGGGAGGAGGUGCAAAUGUGGUGCCGGGCGGUGGAGUUGGCAUGGCAGGGCGGCAUGGAGCUGGGGGCCGCCGCAUUGCGUUGGAAAUGCAAGGGAAAGAGGGAGUGGGGCGGCUGGUUUGGAGUGGAGAAAGAGGAGAUUACGAGUGACAAGUGGCUUGACCUGUGGAAGAGGGCUGCCAUUCCCAGGUUCUGUGAAGACAUUGAAAGGGAGAAACGGUUUUCUGAAAUUACCAGUGGGAGCAGCAAUCGCAGCGACUGCUCCGGAAGAAGAAGCUAUCGUCGUGGGAAUGGAUGGACGAGGGGUGCUGAUGGGAAGGGCAAGCAGGGGGAGGAGCCGGCGCAUUUGAAGCCAUGGCCAGGGGGAUUCAAUUUGCUGGCUUGUCUGCGAGAGAUGCUGCUGGGGGAGCCGUGCUACCGCCCUGCCUCCCCUGUUGACCCUUCAUCCACCCGUGCUGCUGGUAGCACAGAAACACUGCUGAACAGCACAGUUGCUGGUAAAUCAGCUCCUGAAGGCCCCGUUCGGCAGAGAAAAACCGGCGCAGAAGACUGUAAUUCUGCUCGUUUGGGAGGGGCUGUGUGUGGUGCUCUGGGGUGUGAGAUGUCAAAGGGGUAG